AAGCAAACCGACUCCCCAAACACAAACAGCUCCCUUCUCCUCUCAGACCCCAAACCCCAAACCCUUCUCCUCUCAGACCCCAACCGAACCCCUCUCUCCCUCCUCUCAGACCCCAACCGAACCCCUCUCUCCCUCCUCUCAGACCCAAACUCCUCACUCUCUCUCCCUUUAUUUUCAGACCCAAACCCAAACCGAAACCCCCAAACUCCUCUCUCUCUUCUCUCAGAACUCAAACCCCAAACCGUGAGAACCCCAAUCGCACAAAAGCCCAUCCUCCAAGCGCCGUCUGUGGCUCUUCCAAGCCGCCGGAGACGUACGGUUCCUCCAAGCUUCAUCGGAGAAUCUCCAUCUACGGGCUUGUAGUCCCAGAUGUUCCAUUAGAAGAGACUGAUAAUUGAAGAAAGGAAGCUCUGAAAAAGAAUAUUGUACUGGUAUUGCUAACCACACCCACUACUCCUAAUGAUCGAAUGAAAGCCAUUGUUCAAGCUGCUGAAGGAUUUGUCUAUCUGGAUUAAUUGUUGAUUGCAAUUUGAGCAAGAGCUUGGUUUUGCAGGAUUUUCUAUAACGAAAGACUUUGGAUUUUGAUUGAUUUAUUGAGAUGUCUUCUGCGGUAAUGCGACAUCACGGAGGUGAUGGCGGGGCAGAUCCUCCUCGAGAUCCAACACAUAUAGAGGCUGACUGUGAGAGAGUGCCUGCAAUAAAAAGGCGUGGCAUCAACAAAGGGAUAUCAACCCGAGAGGCUAGGGCUGCCUUAGGUAGACCAUUACCCCUUGAGUGGGAUGUUCGAGGAAAGACGUACAAGGAAAUUGGUGAAUAUUCUCACCAUUUGUCUCGGGAGAUCGGCCUUCUCAUUCGACAAUAUGUCGAUCCCGACUAUGAUCGAUGGGAUAAAGUACCAAAGGAAGUUAGAGAUCGAAUAUUUCCUCGUCUACAGGAUGAUUUAUUCGAUAUUGGUCUCACUCGGUAUGGGGCAGAACAUCGAAGUGGCAUUCUUCUCGGCAUUCAACGAUCUUGCGCUGAUCGUUACUCAGAAUGGAAGAAUGAUAUAUCUACUCACAUAAAGAAGCAUGGUCGGAGACAUGCUCCUGAUGGUUUGGUAGAAGAAAAAUGGAAGAAAGCGCUUGAUUAUUUUGAUCGACCUGAAGUGAAGAGGCGCUCUGAGAUUAAUGCUGCGAAUCGAGCAAAACAAAAACAAAAUAGCUUCCAAGGAUCGCAGUCUACGCCAGCACUUCGUUAUAAGAAGCGCAAUAUGCAAACUGGCCAUCUCUCAGGCGUUCCAGAAACUUGGAUGGAUACUAAAUAUAAAGAAGGGAGAGGUUGGGUCAGUCAAGUAGCACAUGAUAAUUAUGAAAAGUUGCUGGAGGUACGUCAAACUCAGCAGACCCAAUCUUCUACGACCACCUCCAAUGCGAGUACUGCCACAACUGAGGUGGACGACAUUGCCCUUGUUGAGACAGUCUUUGGACGCCGUCGGGGCCAUCAGACAGGACUUGGUCGUCGGAUUCGCUCGAGCGCGGAACGUGAAGUGACUGACACACUUCAACCACCGUCACCGCCCCCUACUGCCCAAGAGAUGCGGGAUGUGGUCGAACGUCUCCGAAUCGUUGAGGAGUACAUGGCUAGACUUGGUGGAGCCUCAGGUUCUGGAUCUUCUCAGCCAGGUGAUGGUCAGGAUCCGACACCUCCUACUUAAUAGGAUGCUGGAGAACAUUAUUUAUGACUUUAUACUUUAUGUAAUUUGACUUUAGAAAAAUAUUAUAUAUCACAUUCUACUUU